UGGAAUGUCCACUACAGCCGUGCAAAUUCACCAACAUCACCAAGCACACAGAUUCACACUAUCAGGCGAUACACAACUCUUUCCAAUACGAAACUCAAGUCAUUCAAGAUGGUCAUCGGUGUUAUCUUGGGUUUGGGCAUUUCCUUGCCAGUCGCUGCUGCAACUGGCGUCGGCGUUGUGACUGGCGUUGCACAAGGCGUAUCCCACCAACAAAAGGAGAACGAAAAAGCAGCCAAUGCAAACCCAGAAUCUCGAACAACAAAAUUCUACAUAGACGUUGUCAUAGAGGAUGAAGGAUCGCGGUCGCGAGGGAGAGGCGAAGUACUACACGACAGUAUAGUCGUAGUUCGCGACGACAAGCUCUGGAUCGAAGCCAAGAAUCGAGCGACAGGACAACCGAGACGCGAGGACUCACAUCCGUUCACGGGAUUCUAUCUCAUGUAUCCGGAUGAGAAUCGUUCACCCGCCGAGAGAGGACUGGUGACGACUAUUCAGAAAGACCCACCGAUGCUCAACUGGAUAUACGUCGACAAUGAGACCUUCGAGCUCAAAUACUCAAAUCGCUCUGGCAGUAUAGCUCAUAAAGUCGGCCCAUGGGACUGGACGGAUGAGUUCGAAGACUCGAGUAUAACUCUAAACGAAUGGGAAGGCUUCCUAGCCGUCGAAGAGGACAUGUACCGGGACGAAAACGGCAAUCCUAGAUGGGCCUUGUAUUAUGACUGGAACGAUGAUGGUCUCAAGGGACGUAAGAAGGGCAGAAGGACAAUGGAAAUCAGUCUGAAGAGGCGGUUGGUCGAGAACCAGGAGAAGAACAUCUUUGGUGUCGAAAGAAACGGAAACAUCGGAGUGACUGGUUUCAAGACCACGAGAGAGAUAUGAGAUCAGCUUCCGUGCCGGGGAUACAUCAAACACUUCUCACGACGACCUGUUUCCCCUUUUGUAGGAAGGCUUGUUCGCGGAACACCAACUCGUCCGCGGCACCAGAAAAGGAAAUCACAUGGCGGUGAAAUUCUGCCAUCGAGCUUCGACCCCGCAGCAUGAUGCGUGCAUCCUCACUGAUAUCAAGGCUGAAUCGCACAAACUGCCGAGCAAACGACCAGAAAUCGAACACGUUCUCCUUUCCUUGAGUUCGAGGCUGAAGGCCGCUGCAAGCCAUCUCGUAUAUCAUCUCGGUAAAUGUGUUGACGCGACGCGCCACUUUUUCAAGCACGCA